AUGCUAAGGACAUUGCAAAAGGGCAAUUUUGCCAAAGGUGUUCGUGGUCUUGCCUCUUAUAACCAAGCAAAGAGCUUGCGUCGCUAUCCAGUUGGUCAAACUCUUCAUGGCUUUGAAAUUAAAAGAGUAUUACCAGUUCCAGAAUUAUCAUUGACUGCUGUUGAUUUUGUUCAUAAUAGAACCGGCUCAAACCAUUUACAUAUUGAUAGAGAUGAUCCAAAUAAUGUGUUUUCAGUUGGAUUCAAAACAAAUCCUCCUAACAAAACAGGGGUUCCACAUAUUCUUGAGCAUACUACACUUUGUGGGUCCCAUAAAUAUCCAGUCAGAGAUCCAUUCUUCAAGAUGCUGAAUAGAUCAUUAGCUAAUUUCAUGAAUGCAAUGACUGGUCAUGAUUACACUUUCUUCCCAUUUUCCACUACAAAUGAUAAAGAUUUUGAAAACUUGAGAAAAGUUUAUCUCGAUGCUACUUUUAAUCCGUUAUUGAAGAAAGAGGAUUUCUAUCAAGAAGGUUGGAGGUUAGAAAAUGAAGUUGUUGAUGAUAAAUCUUCUCCAUUAACUUUCAAAGGUGUUGUCUACAACGAAAUGAAAGGACAAGAAUCAAACUCUUCUUACUUAUUCUGGAUUAAAUUUCAAGAAGCUCUAUACCCAAGCUUGAAAAACUCUGGUGGUGCACCAUCCAAAAUCACAGAUUUAACAUAUGAAGAUUUACUUGAUUUCCAUGCUGAACAUUAUCAUCCUUCAAAUGCUAAAACUUUUACUUAUGGUUCAUUACCAAUUGUGGAAACAUUGGAAGCAUUAAACAAAGAAUACAUCGCAUUUGGAAAAAGAAAUAUCAAAAACAUUGUGAAAACUCCUGUUGAAUUGAAAAAAUCCACAAAUGUUAUUGUUGAAGGGCCUGUUGAUCCAAUGGCUCCACCUGAAAAACAAUUGAAAGCUUCUAUAACAUGGCCAUGUGGUAAUCCUUCUGAUGUCUAUGAAACCUUUUGCUUGAAAAUCUUAUCAAACUUGUUGACAGAUGGUCAUUCUUCUCCAUUAUACAAAGCAUUAAUUGAGACUGGGCUUGGUGAUGAUUUUUCUGUUAAUUCUGGAAUGGAAUCAAUGACUGCAUCAAAUUUCUUUACUAUUGGGUUACAUGGUUUACAAUCAAUUGAAGAAUUAGAGAAUGAAGUUAUCAAAGUUUUAGAAAAACAUAGUGAAGAAGGAUUUGAGGAUUCCAAGAUUGAAGCAAUCAUUCAACAAUUAGAACUUGGUAAAAAAGAUCAAAAAUCUGAUUUUGGUAUGAGUUUACUGUAUUCAAUUUUACCAGGCUGGGUUAACAAAGUUGAUCCAUUUGAUGUUUUAGCAUGGGAUGAUAUUAUCAGUCAAUUUAGAAUUGAUUAUAAAAAAGGUGACUUGUUCCAAAAUUUGAUCAAGAAAUAUUUCUUGAACAAACCAGUUUUAAGAUUUCAAAUGAAAGCUACUGAAACUUUUGAUGAGUCAGUCAAAAAUGAAGAAGUUGAAAGAUUACAAAACAAGAUUCAAGACCUGGAUCAAGAAGACCGCGAUGUUAUCUUUGAACGUGGUCGACAUUUAGCCAAGAAGCAAGGUGAAGUUGAAGAUUUAAGCUCUUUACCGACAUUAAGAGUUAGAGACAUACCUAGAACCUCAACCGUGAAGCCAGUUUCAUUUUCAGAAGUGGAGAAUAGCAAAGUUCAAAGAAGAAUAACAGACACUAAUGGAUUAACAUAUUUCAGAGCCAGUCGUGAUGUAAACAUCCCAUAUGAAUUAUACCCAUACUUGACUUUAUUUUCAGAUGCUUUAACCAAUUUGGGUACAGAAUCCCAAAGUAUGGCUGAUAUUGAAGAUCAAAUCAAACUAUUUACAGGUGGUUUAUCAUCAUCAGUCAGUGUUCAUUCGUCACCAAUUGAUUUAUCCCCAAGAGUCAGUUUCAAUUUCAACGGUGUUGCCUUGAACCAAAACUCUUCGCAUAUUUAUGACAUUUGGCAAAAUUUGUUAUUAAACACCAACUUCAAUAACAAAGAAAAACUCGCAACUUUGAUCAGAUUACUUUCAUCUAAUAAUAUCAGUGGUGUCGCCGAAAGUGGUCAUUCUUUUGCUAGAAAUUAUGCUGGUUCUUCUGUUUCUAGAGCUAAAGCAAUUUCUGAAUCUUUGAAUGGAAUUGAACAAUUACAAUUUUUGAAUAAAUUAAACACUUGGAUUCAAGAUGAUGAACAUUUCCAAAAGAACAUUAUUGACAAGUUGAAUGAAUUAAAACAAUAUUUGGUGAAUUCUCAAGAUUUGAGAUUCUCUUUGAUAUCUGAUGAAGCUUCUGUUUUAGAAAAUGAGAAAUUGAUUUCUUCAUUUGUAUCUAAAUUACCAUCUGAAAGCAUCCCACAAACUCCAGUUAAAGAUUUCCCAUUAAACCCAAGUCAUAAAUCUUUCAUUAAAUUACCAUUCCAAGUCAGCUACGCUUCAUCUGUUUUGCAAGGUGUUCCAUACGUUCAUGAAGAUGGUGCAAGAUUACAAGUUUUGUCAAACUUGUUAACUUUCAAAUAUUUGCAUCGUGAAAUCCGUGAAAAAGGUGGUGCUUACGGUGGUGGUGCAGCUUAUAGUGGUCUAGAUGGUUUAUUCAGUUAUUACUCUUAUAGAGAUCCUAAAUCUUUACAAAGCUUGGAGACUUUCCAAAAAGCUGGCCAAUUUGCAGUUGAUAAUGAAUGGUCAGAAUGUGAUUUAGAAGAAGCCAAACUUACAAUUUUCCAAAGCAUUGAUGCUCCAAUUAGUGUUAAAUCUGAAGGUCAAGUUUUGUUUAAAGAAGGUGUUACUGAUGAAAUGAGACAAACCAGAAGAGAACAAUUACUAGAUGUUGAUAUCACUGAUAUCAAAGAGGUUGCUGAAAAGUACUUGGUUAAUGGUAAACCAAGCAUUGCACUUGUUGGUGACUCUCAAGGGGAUCAAAAGGAUUGGAAUGUUGUUGAUCUUGGAGUCCAAGCAUAG